AUGGAGAGACCAAAGGGCGCCUUUACCCCAAAUGAACCCGGGGCUUUGUCUCUCGACCAGGUCCUCGCGCAGGUGACCAACGACGAUCAGGAGGAAUGGGAGUACGAGUACUCCGCUACAGAGACAGAGACAUUCUACCUGACAGUAGAACUCUCAUAUCCCGAAUUCAGGGAACGCUCAGCAAGAGUCCACCAGCACAGUCGCGGCGGAUACUACAAGAACUGGGCGGAAAAAACUCCCUUUCACGAUACCCACACGCAGCCGCCGCAAGAGACGAAUCCGGCCACAGGCGACAACAGCGACAACGACGACGUCACCGCAGAGCAAGACUACGAAGAUGACGGCACGCCGCUGGACCCAGCACUCUUGGCCCUCAGCGAGGGCAAAGCCGAAGCAACGGCCCGUCCGCCCUUGAACACGCAAAAGCCCAAAGAAGCCGGAACCCCCCGAACCGAAGACCAACUCGAGCAAGAAGAACCUUUGCAAAUUGAAGACAUGCAAAUCCUCGAUCUCCACACUCCCAACCCCCUCUUCUCCUACAGAGGCCGCCUCUUCCAAGGCCACUGGGCCGAAGUCAUUGGAACUGAAGUCAUCCUCACUAGCACCUCCUCCCCCAACUUGGCCACGCUCCCUUCGCUCCGCACUCUGCCCGGCGACAUAUCCCUUCUGGCCGCCAGUUCCUCCCGCAUAAUGACGAGCGAGAAGAUCCCUCGCCCCAAAAUACCCUCUGUCGAUACCCUCGCCCCCAUCAAGGAAGAAUGCAAGAUCCGCAUCCCCAUCGGAAAGGAUAGGACCGGCGAGCGCGCCGAACAAGCCAAUUUCCUGGAGAAUCUGAUAGCCCUCAAGAUAAAGAGAGGUGACAAGGACGAAGUCACCGUCCACGCUACCGACGGGCAGGGGAAAGAUUGGGAUGAUAGAAAGACGGUCGAUUACAGGCCGAGACGGAAGAAGAUUGGUCAAGAGCCCGAUGUCGGGAAGCAGAAGAACAAGGGGCCAGGCAGACGACCGAAGGGGAGACCGAGUCUGGCAACAAGACUGGAAAGGUAUCCCACGGAACUUGGGGAGGGUGCGACAAAGCGUCUUGAACUGUCGACUGCGACGCCGCCCACAUGGGAGGACCUGGAUAAACAGCAUGCGGAUGAGGGGGCAAGUGAAGAGGACGGUGAGGACGUCCCGAUGACAGGGUAA